AUGUCGGAGUACAUGCCGGACUUGACAGUGAACGAGGCGGAAUACCUUGGACAGGGGCGCGUCGUAAUUUGUGGCGAGUCAAACUUGAUGAUUCGUCAGAUGCAGGGUGAGAUGGACUACAAAGCACCAGGCCUGCAACAACUCCGACAGAAGGCACUAAAUCGACUACAGGUGUGGCCAAAACACGAGUUUCUCCACGUGAAGCGUGAAUGGAACCAGAGUACGGACAAGUUGGCAAGUGCGACGCUGCAACGAGAAGAACGCGAAAUAGUGACCUCAGAGGACGACCGUCGAGAUCUGAUCACCCUCACCCGACUGGGCGAGAUGCUGAAACCAAAGUUGAUCGAGACAGUCGUCAGCGUAAACGCAAUCACGCCAGCCGCUGGGAGACAACGACUCACACCGAAAGCGAUGAAAGAAUUUAUCGUACAGCACAUACGGUGUCAGAGGAUUAAGCAGGCUCAGGAUAAAGAGAAAUGGAUUUACCUGGGCGGAGAUGUGAAUGCCUUGACAGCGAAGACAUGCUCGAAGAUAGCCGCGAAUUAUGAAGUAGACGAGAAUGGGCUACUCUUCUUUUGCCCCAAGACGCUGUAA